UCUCUCCCUUUCUCUCUUUCUCUCGUGACCACGUCCACACGCUGUAGACAACCCCACCAGAGGACAGGAAGCCCAAACUAUGAAGCUUUAGUCAACACCAGCUGAGCAUUUGUCACAGCUGUCCGAUGCUUUUAGGGUUUUGCUUGGUGUUUUCAGCUCAGCUCUGACUGUAGAGGACUCGCUUUGUGCACAAAGGCUGCCCGGUGCGUUCAAGUGUUCAUGCUGAGGCGAGAAAAAGUUUUCUGCCACGUUUUAAAAGCGUAACGGAGCAGCGACUUUGUUUUCGUCGCUUGCAGUCAGGACGGCGGGGGUUUUGUAGAACGUUAGUUUCUUGAUCUUUUCUUUUUCCGGGGCAGUUUGCAGAUAGAAGAAUGCUGCCCCAGCUCCUCACCCUGGCCUGUGGUCUCUGCUGCUUUGGUUUUACCUCCGUCACUGCGAAUGUACUGAAAGCAGAGGCUUGGCUGCAGCAGUAUGGCUACCUGCCUCCAGGUGACGUCAGAGCCCAGGCCAUCCGCUCACCAAAGUCCAUCGAAUCAGCGAUAUCAGCCAUGCAGAGGUUUUACGGUUUGACUGUCACCGGCUCCAUCGACUCCAACACGAUAGAGGCGAUGAGCCGGCCGAGGUGUGGCGUCCCAGAUAAGUUCGGCCCGGAGCUGAAAACCAACCUGAGGAGGAAGAGAUACGCUGUGCAGGGUCUGAAGUGGGACAAGUCUGAGGUCACCUUCAGCAUACAGAACUACACCCCAAAGAUCGGAGAGCGAGCCACGUAUGACGCCAUCCGAAAAGCCUUUCAAGUGUGGGAGAGUGUGAUCCCGCUCACCUUCAGAGAGAUCCCCUACAGCCAGAUCAGAGGCAAGACCGACAAGUUCGCGGAUAUCAUGCUCUCGUUCGCGGAUGGUUUCCACGGCGACAGCACACCGUUUGACGGCGAGGGCGGCUUCCUGGCUCACGCUUACUUCCCUGGACACGGCAUCGGAGGAGACACUCACUUUGACCUCGCUGAGCCCUGGACCACCGGGAACACCGACCAGGGGGGUAAUGAUGUCUUCCUGGUGGCUGUGCACGAGCUGGGUCAUGCUCUGGGUCUGGAGCACUCCAACGACCCCUCCGCCAUCAUGGCCCCCUUCUACCAGUGGUUUGAAACAGAAAACUUCCAGCUCCCAGACGACGACCGCAGAGGCAUUCAGGCAAUCUAUGGAUCCAAGUCUGGGGCUCCUCCUCCUCCCCCUCCUCGCCCUCGACCCACAAAGCCAUCCUACCCUGACAUUGGCCCAGACAUCUGUGAAGGACACUUUGACACCAUCGCUGUCCUCAGAGGGGAAAAGUUUGUAUUUAAGGACAAGUGGUUCUGGCGUGUGCGUAACAACAAGGUGUUGCAAGGUUACCCAAUGACAAUCAGUCACUUCUGGAAAGGCCUGCCCUCAAACAUCAAUGCCGCCUAUGAGAGGGAUGAUGGGAAAUUCAUCUUCUUCAAGGGUGAUAGAUACUGGGUUUUCAGUGAGUCUACCAUGGACAAGGAUUCCCCCAAGAGCCUGAAAGAUAUUGGCACCGGUCUACCCAAAGACAAGAUUGAUGCCGCUCUCUUCUACACACCGACAGGACAGACGUACUUCUUCAGAGGCACUAAGUACUACCGUUUCAACGAGCAGACUCACACCGUGGACAAUGGCUAUCCAAAGCCCAUCAGCAUGUGGAGCGGUGCACCAGACAACAUCAAAGCUACCAUCAUGAGUGAAGAUGGAUCUUACACUUACUUCUACAAAGCCAACAAGUACUGGAAGUUCAACAACCAGUACAUGAAGGUGGAGUCCGGCUACCCCAAGUCUGUGCUCAGUGACUGGAUGGGCUGCGAAAGCGAUGAGCCCAAGAAGGGUCGGGAAGAAGAGGUGAUCAUCAUCGAGGUGGACGAAUCACAGAGCGGGGCCGGGCCGGCAGCCGUGGUGAUCCCUCUCCUCCUGCUGGUGCUGGUUGUGGUCACUCUGGGAGCGCUUUUGUUCUUCAGGAAGUACGGCACGCCUCGACGCCUCCUCUACUGCCAGAGAUCCCUCCUGGACAAGGUGUAGAGGCAGAGCGACGGCGUGAUUGACAGACUGCCACAGAGGGACAGAAAGAGAGGAGGAGAGAACGAGGGCCGGGAGAAGAUGGAAACCGAGCGGAGGAAGAUGUGGAAGUGGAGGAGAGAGCAACUGGAGAAAAGACAGAAGAUACGGGGGGUAGGAGGGGGACGAUGCGUUAAAUAUUGGGUGGUUUGUAUGUGCCACGAAAAAGAGAAAAAAGGCCCUAGAAACUGAAAUCAGGAAAAUGUGUAUUUGUAUGUUAACUAUUUACAUGUACUGUUCUGUGUUCAGAGAUUUACAACAUACCCAAAGUCUCACGUAGAGAAGGGAAAAUUACAAAGAGACUCAUCAACGACUUCCCUCCCGCCUCUCCUCUCUCACAUCCCAGGUAUAAGAAACAAACAUCCCUCCUUCCUUCCUCUCCUUUAACUGGACGACUCCAGCUGAACUGCUGUCUGAUUCAUUCAUAAGUUUGACAUCUGUGUUUCACUUUGGCUUUUACUCAGAAAUUCAUCAUCUCUGUUGAGAGCUUUGGGGUUUUUGGGGGAGUUUUACUUUGAAAUUCAUGACAUUUUUGCUCUUGAAUCCUUUGUUUUGGCAAAGUUUUGAUUUUUCGGCUAUGCAGUAUUUCCUGUAUUUGUUGGAUUUUUUUUCUCCACCACUAAGAAGGGCUGGGUAUCGAACCUUUUACAUCAUUAGUUCAAGUUCCUUUAUUCUAAUCAUGUACAGAAAAAUUACAGUGAAGCAGACGGUUGCACUAAAAAUCUUCCCAACUGGCCAGUUGGUUGAAUUUAGGUUGUGACAUUGGGCGACCAAUAUUCCACGUCAGAACAAUGUCUAAUGCCAGUGUCAAUUUGACGUAGAAUACUGAUGACAGAUGAAAAGUUGUUGUAAAGUGACCAAAAUCCAAUGUCUUCUAAACGUCUUGUGCCAUCAUCUUGACGACAUUUAAGAAAUCAUCAACCUAAUUUUCAAUGCAACCAAAAUUUAUCGACGUAACUGACGUAAGAGUCCAACGUCUUUCUGGCAUCAUAUUGACAUCCAGUGACAGCCAGGUUAGGUCUCAGGCACCCUUUAAAAAUGUAAAGGCAAAAUCUAAAUCUAAGACAUACUGCCUGAAAUGUGUCUAUUGCACAUAGUAUCAAAAACUGUCAAGUUGGUACUGAACGUCUGACCUCAUAUACGUGAUAAUUUUUCGUAAGAUUCAUUUCCUUUUUCUAUAAUCAAGUAGUUCCAGAUUUAAGACAAAAUUUUGCCAAAUUUUUUACUGUUUUGUAAAGGCAAAUUCUUGUACUGUUGCUGUCGAUGUUUGAGAACUUUGGCGUCUCGUUAGUGGAAAAAAAUCUCAUAUUACUCAAAGUAAGGUUCAGAAAAAAACAUCAUAUCCUUACUAGUUAAGAACAUUUUUAAUGAUACCUAGCCCUAGCCCAGUCGCCAUAAGAAAAUGUUGGCAUUGUACAUUUCUGCAAACCAUGGAUUGUACAUCUCACAUGAAUCACAUCCCCAAAGUGACAUAGUUAUUAUUACAUGAAUAUGAGCUGACUUUCUCAUCAGGAGGUGGAGGGGAUGGUGGAUGGCGUGUCACCAAGGCGGGACGGCUGCCAAGCUGUAGACCACUUUUGGAGACCAAUAAAGAACAAAAGCGGUUGUUUUUUGGGUGUUUUAAGACAUCUGGGCAUUUCCAGCUGUAAUUGUGCCCCCAACACUGGGUAUUUUAAGCCAAAACAUGAUCUUUUGGUUUUUGUGCCUCAACAUAACGGCAUGUUAACCACAGGUUCGAUGUUAAGACAUAAUGUACGAAUGUCACAUAUCUGUGGUUUGCAGAAACGUACAAUGCACUACAACGAGGAUUCUCUUCCAUCUGCUUAACGCUAAAGACGACCAUUUUUAGUUUUAGUUACGAUCACCUGCCUCAUGUUUGAUGGAGCUGAGUACAGCACGUCCCUAAUGCACAGUGUUAGUAUUGAUUUAUGCAGACACAGAUGGGGUUUAUGAUUAGUAUUUGUUUAUCCAGGAUUAAGUCCACAAAAGUCAGACUUUAAUGAGGCUGCUGGGGGGAUUUUCUUUUGAUGGUUGAGCUGUAGCCUUGACAAGGCAACUAAAAGCAAAGAUGGUACAAAAAUCCUUUUUAAUGUUUUAACUGCAACUUGAUUCACAGGCAAAACUCUUCUCUCAGUGCAAGCAGUCAGACGGGAAAAAUUCUUCUUAAAACGUGACUCACGGAUGACAGUUUUCAAACAUUCCAGUACAUUUGUUGUCGAAUAGGAGCAGAGCUGCUUGUCCAAACGUAAGCGGUACAGUUUCCAGCAAUAUGGUGCAAUUUAAUUAUUAUCGUUUUUAUGGGAAAUUGUUGUUAUUAUAAGUAUGGUUAUUGUUAUUAUUGUUCUCCUGGUAAAGUUAUGACUUUUUUUUUUUUUUUGUCUUUUGUACAUUGUCAUUUGGAGUCCUGCUGGACAGAGGCAUAACGUGACAAUGAUGGAAAUGAAUCCCAGUUUACACUCAGCAGCAUGUGAUGAAUUAGAUCAGAUCAGGGGAGUUAAUGUGACUUCAGGGAGUUUCAUUUUUUUACUCUGAAACGCCCGAAAUUACAGAAAUGUUGGCACAGAAUAACAAGCGAUGCUAUUUAUGAACUUUGAUGGUGCUCAUUGAUUUUUUUUUUUUUUUUUUUCUUACACAAAUCAAAAUUGAAGGUGAAUUCAUUUAAUUAAUAACAAUGAUAAUGGUAAUGAUAUUUAUAAUGAUGAUCAUAUCAAUAAAAUGGAAUGAGAUUUUUUUUUUCCUGCCUGUUUUCACUUUUGUAUUUCAUUAGAUAAAGUGAAAUUAAACUAUU